UUAGUUAGGACAUUUAUUAACAUAAUGUCUAAGCUAAUGCCUUUUACUACCAAACGCUAUGUGGAUUACCUGCAAAAAACUAAAUUAAACUUCUUCACCAUAGCUCGUCGGUCUAUUAAAUCAGGUUGUUACUGUCCAACGAACAAACAAUACCAAGUUUUUCGAAAAUUUAACAGAAGAUUAUUAUUACCUAAGUGCAUUUUACCACUUAAAAAUUUUUACCAACCUUUAUUUUCUUUAAAUCAUACAAGAAAUAUAUCAUCGGUUAGCAUACAAAGCAUGGCAUUGAAUAAACUUAGUAUCGACAAAGUCGAUCUUGCCGGUAAAAGAGUCUUAAUAAGAGUGGAUUUUAAUGUACCUAUUAAAGACGAUAAAGUAGUAAAUAAUCAACGAAUCGUUGCAGCUCUUGAAUCCAUCAAAUAUGCUUUAGAUCAAAAAGCUAAAUCUAUUGUUUUAAUGUCACAUUUAGGACGACCUAAUGGAAUUAAAAAUAUUAAAUACACUCUGAAGCCAGUAGCUAAUGAAUUAGAAAAAGUAUUGGGAUUAAAAAUUAAAUUUUUAUCUGAUUGUGUUGGACCUGAAAUUGAGCAUGCAUGUGCCGAUCCAGAACCAGGUUCUAUUUUUCUUUUAGAAAAUUUACGAUUUCAUGUAGAAGAAGAAGGCAAAAGUAUUGAUUCUGAUGGGAAAAAAAUCGUAGCAAGUAAAGAUGAAGUUUCAAAAUUCAGAAUGUCAUUAAACAAACUUGGAGAUGUUUAUAUAAACGAUGCUUUUGGUACUGCGCAUCGAGCCCACAGCUCCAUGUUGGGUGAAGGUUUUGACAUUAGAGCAAGUGGCUUCCUAUUAAAAAAAGAAUUAUUAUACUUUGCAAAAGCUUUGGAUAAUCCAGAAAGGCCGUUUCUGGCCAUUCUUGGUGGAGCCAAGGUUGCUGAUAAAAUUCAACUUAUUAAUAAUUUAUUAGAUAAAGUUAAUGAAAUGAUAAUAGGUGGAGGCAUGGCUUACACAUUUUUAAAAGUAGUUAAGAAUAUGAAAAUUGGUAAUUCUUUGUUUGAUGAAGAAGGUGCUAAAAUUGUUAAUGAUCUUAUGACUAAAGCUGAAAAAAACAAUGUUAAGAUUCAUUUACCCGUUGACUUUAUCACAGCAGAUAAAUUUGAUGAAAAUGCAAGUGUUGGAUCUGCAAAUCUCGACAGUGGAAUUCCUGAUGGUUGGAUGAGUCUUGAUAUAGGACCAAAGACUAGAGAAUUGUUUGCUGAACCAAUCAAGAGAGCUAAAGUUAUUAUUUGGAACGGACCAGCUGGAGUAUUUGAAUUUGAUAACUUUUCAAAAGGAACUAAAAGUUUAAUGAACAAUGUUGUAGAAGCGACAAAACGAAAUGCAAUAACGAUCAUUGGUGGUGGGGACACUGCUACUUGUGCAGCUAAAUGGAAAACUGAAGAUCAACUUAGUCAUGUUAGUACAGGUGGUGGUGCAAGUUUAGAACUUUUAGAGGGUAAAAUUUUACCAGGUGUAGCAGCCCUUUCUCCAGCAUAAUAUGUUUGGAAUUAUAUUAAGUGACUAAUAAUAAUACAUAAAAAUGCAUUCAAGAAAUGAGAUGUUGAUUUUCUGUCUUUUAAAAGUA